CCCAUGAAGGCAUAAACCUUACCGAAGAACCCGCAGGCGCCAAGCCCAUCGGCGGUGGGCAUUCUAUGAAAUUUAGUUGUCGCUGACGCCUGACUGAACUGAACACACUGACGUUUACCUCAGCCACUGCCAUAGCCGUCGCAGAAAUGAAGCUGAAGGUAGUGUGCAAGAAAGUGUACGAUUACAUUCGCUACGAUCUCAAAGAAAUCGCUUUCCCUUCGUCGUUGCCCGAUCCCCCUCAUAUAAAAAAACGUCGUAAGCUCACUUGGCAUGAGCGAUUCUUGGUGUUGAAGGAAGCCUCUAGGCUUUAUGCUGCGAGCUGGGUCCGGGACAUCGGUCCGGAGCUUCGGCCAAAUGAUUAUAAGAAGCAUGAAGAGAGUGAGAGUGAGAGUGAGGAUAAGCCCAGUGGAGCAAAAAGUAAGACUAAAGAGAAAGAACCAUCGACGUUGGAAGAUCUUGCGGUGGCUGCCAGAGGGGGAAUGGAGACACUAAGGCCCGCUUUGCAACGGGUGUACAUGACAAGAGCUUCUGCCUAUAGAGAUGGUCUAAAAAGUUUUAUAGAAGGGUAUCAAGAAGGUGUCCAACAGGUCAUGGAGAAGAAGGAGGAAUCUAAUAAAUCUCAACAAGAAGGCAAUGCACCUAAAAAUUGACCUUGACCUUUCGUAGGAUACAAUAUAUAUGUUUUUUCUUCUCCAGCUCAUUUCAUAGAGUAUUCACGCAACUUUUGGAGCUUUCUACAGCUCAGAUUGUUGUGAGCUGCUAGCAUGAUCUAUCCCAUUCAAAGGUUUUACCUUUAAUGUAAAGCAAAACUGGAGAGCUAUAGAUAUACUGGAAAAUGUUUUGUAUAGCUAGUUUCUUUUCAGUUACCUAUCCAUUGGUAGUGCUGAAUUUAUUUUCC